AUGGAACAGCUGAUGACUGAACUCCAGCACCUGCUGCUCCCACCCCAGCCAGGCCGGCGCUUGGCUGGUGCUGGGGGCCGCGAGGCCCGGGUCCGAGGGCUGCCAUUCCCAGGACUCCGAGUUCAGGGCUGGGGAGUGCACCCUGCUCUGGGAAGGAGCCCAGGGCCAGGCGCUUGCACGGGUGCUCGGUACCCUGAGCGGCACCCCCAGGGCCAGCUCUUCCGGGCCUCACCACAGCCCCCUGAAAUCGUCCUGCUCUUUUCCUUCUUUCCAGAUGUUUUUACAUCACAGCCGGCAGCAGAGAGCUCAUCUGCCACCCCUACGUCCUCUUCUCCCUCCGACCCCAGCUCCUCGAGUCCUGGGGACUCCUCCACGGCCCGGCCCAGCGCCCCGAGUACCGGGGAAAUCACCACGUCCCCGCUCAGCUCCACUCCAACAGACGCCGGAGCGGUCUCUCCCUCUCCGCACUCCACGACAGACGCUCCCUCGGGCUCGGAGUCGCCCGGCUCAGCGUUCACGCCGCUGUCCCAGUCUGCAUCCCUGCCCUCUUCCCCCCUGCCAGGCCCGGGGGACACAAUGACCCCCACGUCACACCGAAAUCCGGGCGUGGUGGUGGCUGUGUGUCUGGUGCUGUCCCUGCUGCUCAUUGGGGCUGUGGUGCUGGCUGUGAGGCGCUGCCAUCGGGAUACAUCCGAGUUCCUCACGCUGGAUCAGGUGUCCAUGGCCAGCGUGAGUUGACAGAGGUCCACUGCCCCCUGAGUUACUGCAGCAGGGCCGGAGAGAGGAGGCCUUGGAUGGCUGGGAGCCCAGGAGGCUGCAGCUACUGCCGGGCCAGCACAGCGGAGAUGGCAGGCACCUGCAGUCCCAGCUGCUCUGCUUGGGAGGCUGAGGCAGGAGCACUGUCUGAGCCUAGCAGUUCGAGAUCAGCCUGGCCACCAAAGCAAGAGUCUGCCAACAAUAAGAGAAUCAAUGAACAAAUAAAUAAAAUCCCAGAUGUUCACCUGAGGGCUCCUACAUCAUGGAUUCAUGUGAGCAGCAUUAAUUGAGCAUCUACUGUAUGCCUCAUUCUCUGUCACCAGCACAGUGGGGACUGUAUCUGUGUCCUCCUGGACCAUCAUGGUAAGGGAGAGAGACAAGAGCCAGGGCUGCAGAGAGACCUUCAGAUGCCCUAGGGUCAUGAGGCAGAGAUGAGGCGCCCCCAGCACUCCUAAGGGCUGGUUCCCGCCACCAGGAAGAGACACAGCAGAACAUCACUGUCCUUCCUGCCGAGUGAAGUGAGCAGGGGAACCCACGCCAAGUCCCGGAGCUCCACAGCUGCCUGGAGACCAGCUCGGGGCAGGGCCUGUGGCUCUGGGUGAGAAACUGAGGCAGGAGGAAAUGACAGCAGCAGCAGAGGGCUCAGAGAGGUGGUUCCGACGCCCACAGGGGUCUCUCUAUGUAGCCCAGGCUGGCCUGGAACUCAG